AGAGGUGGGGGAGGAACCCGAAGACUUACAGAGAAGCGGGUUUCGGACUCAGACAGAAGCUUUGAUUUGAAGCGAAGCACCGUCGUCGACGUCGUUACAGGUUUCACCGCAAACAUGGAGCACUUGUCUCGAAGCGUCUGUGGCUAAGAGAGAGCCACCAACCGGCGACUAAAUCGUUUUAACAAGAACUCAAUAAUAUAAGAAGGUCAGCCAGGUCAUGGUGAUGGACCAGGACACUCAAUGGCUAUACCAACUCCUAGCUGAAGUCCAGCUGGAGAAGUUUUACCUGCGCCUCAGAGAUGGCCUCAAUAUCACUCGCAUUGAGCACUUCGGCUACGUCAAAGAGGCCGAUCUGGAGCAGAUAGGAAUCAGCAAACCUGGACAAAGAAGACUAUGGGACGCUCUGAAACGCUACAAGUCGAGCGUGCGCGUGCGGUCACGGGUGCCGAAGGUGUUCAGUGGGGAGCCGUUAACCGGAGGUGGUCAAGCACAGGGCCAGGAAGUCGGUGUCCGGGCUCUUCCUUGUCUUAUCCAAGACAGUGAGCUGAUUCUGGCGGAGAGGCUGGGCUCUGGGUCAUUUGGGGUGGUGAAGAGGGGAGAGUGGCAUACACCCACUGGAAGAGUGUUGGCUGUGGCAGUUAAAUCGCUGAGGAGCAGUAUGUCGAGGCAGGCGGACACACUGAAAGACUUUCUUCAAGAAGUAACCGUCAUGCAAUCUUUAGACCACCCCAACAUCAUACGACUCUAUGGUGUGGUGCUCACACAGCCCCUCAAGAUGGUAACAGAGCUGGCCGCCUUGGGCUCACUUUACGACACCCUGCGUGCACGUCAGUAUGAGUUCUCUCUGCUCCGCCUUUGGCUCUUUGCUAUGCAGAUUGUGUCAGGCAUGGAGUACCUGGAGAGCAGGAGAUUCAUCCACAGGGACCUGGCUGCAAGAAAUGUACUGCUGGCAUCCAAGGAUAUGGUGAAGAUUGGUGACUUUGGUCUGAUGCGAGGCCUGAACCAGGAGAAAGAUCACUACAUCAUGUCGGCACACAGACGGAUACCGUUUGCAUGGUGUGCUCCAGAGAGUCUUCGCAUCGGCUCUUUCUCCCUUUCCUCAGACGUGUGGAUGUUUGGUGUCACUCUCUGGGAAAUGUUCACCUAUUGUGAAGAGCCUUGGUUUGGUCUGUCGGGCCGGCAGAUAUUAUGGCGGGUAGAGCGGGAGGGCGAACGCCUGGAGAAGCCACCUGAUUGCCCUCUGGAGCUAUACACUGUAAUGCGAAAGUGCUGGGCAUGCAAUUCUGCAGACAGACCCAGCUUUGCCCAGCUCAGCGCGAUGGUGGCGGAGGCUAAACCCAGAGAGGUGCAAGCAAUAAGAGAAUUUGCAGAACCCAGAAAGCUCACACUUUUGCCCAACGACCUUGUGACUGUCAUCGACCACAGUCUGGAGCUGAGUGAGUGGAGGGGGCAGAACCAGAGGACGUUGGCCAUCGGCUGGUUUCCUGCAAGCCUCACUGUCCCAUCACUCCCCUCAGCUGCUGCUGCAGCUGCCGCGGUGUCCUCCGGCAGCUCCGGGCCUAACCCUGGUGGCUACAUCUCAACCCCAGUAAAGGGCAGUUUGCAACACACCGGGCACGGAAACGUCAACCCUGAGCGCUCCUGGGGAACGCCUGAGAACCUGGACGAAGCUGGUGGCGGCUGGAGGUCAGGACCCAGCAGGGAGAAGGAGGGAUCCAAUCUGCAGAAAAUGGCAGCUAUGACUAGGAGCCUGGAGUCAGUCUUAGGUGGACAUCGGCCCCGAGCUCAUACAGUAGGGGUGUUCAGAGUGGAUCAGCACGGAAAACUCCUUCCUCCUGUGAUGCCGACUCACAGUGCGGUGAUGCAACAGGAUCCUCGUCGGCUGAGCGAGGCUAGUAUCGCUGCCCCUCCUCGACCGCCACCUCCCAACCUGAAAGCGCUUCGAAAAAUCCAAAGGAUUAACCAAGGCCAGGGCAGCGCGUUGCCCCAGCAAAUGGUUCCCCCUACACAACCCCAGCCUCAGCAGGUUGUUGGGGGUUCCAACCUCGCCAAAAUGGCCCAGCUGGCACGCUCUACCCCACAGCUGGAUGAGUACUCAGACAGCAGGGAGAGAGAUCGGGAGCGAAUAAGAGAACGGGAGAAAGGGCCUCAGAACACAAAAGAGGGUCUCAUUGCACAGAUUAUGGAGGCGGUACAUGGCGUGACCACGGACGAGGUUCAUAACGCACUUCAACGAAAUGACUGGAACCCAGUACGAGCUGAACAGCAACUAAAGAUGGAGCAGCUGUACUCGCUGAGCCUCUGCUCCAGAGAGGACUGCGUCAAGAUCCUCGCCAAACACCAGUGGAACCUGCAGUUUGCCAGCCGCUAUCUAAUCCGAGUGACGACCAGCGACAGGCCCGGCCCGCCCUAGAGGGGUUGGCCUCUUACCAGCCCAGACAGAAGAGUCUGAAGAGAUUUGAGGCAGCCACUGUGGCCGACUUUUUCCACACCAUCGUGGUGUAACAGUGACACACUCCAACACUUGGAGCCCCUCAACUACAGGAGCACAUGAAAAUAGAAAAAUGAAGGCAGACAAAGACAAAGCUGACUAAUAUUUUUGAGAAGCUUAGAAGAAACAUGACAUGUGAUAAAAUGACAUGAUGUGGUGUUAUAUAGCACUUCUUUUGCACAUAGGUUUUCUGUUUUAAUACAUUUGUACAUAUUGUAGUAGAAACUUUGUUAAAUAAAACUGAUCUCUGGUGGCCUGAA